AUGGGCUUCUCUUAUCCGACAAUCUUCCUGUCUGAGAAUCCGACGGCAGGAUUUGCUGCGUACCCGCAUACUUUCUGGACGAGCGCAAAACCCAUUGACAACGCCAGUACGAGUGUUGAUGUGGAGAUGCGGCAGAUCUGGGUACAUGGCUCUUACAUGAAUGCUCUGGAUAAGGAUGUUCUCAAACGUGCCCUAGCCGUUCAACAGAGCCUGGUGGGCGAUGAGAAGUUGAGCAACGUGAUUCCAGCGUUGAACGACAAGCUUCGAUCAAGCUCAUUGCAGUGGGGAUAUCAUUCUCCAUUGAUGUACUGGAACAACUCACAGGAUACCAUCGACGCCGACACGGAUGUUUUGAGGACGAUCAAUGACCAGAGAAAUGCACACUCAUCACUCAACGUUGUAUUGCGACCCGCUUCCGUCUUUGCAGGCAAGAAGUUCGAGAGGCGGCGUCUACUGGCUGCAGAUGCACUUGUUAUCACGCUCAUGAACAAGGCCACGGAUGGCGCUGGAAGCAAAUGGCAACAGAAUAUGCGCUCCUUGACAGACGGCGCAUGUGGAGACUGCACCCUCUUCCCUCAUGACGGCCACAUUACACGACAGAGAGUCUACGAAUUCAGCUUUACACCUUUGAGCUUUUCAGAGCAUCUUGCCUUAACGUUUGCGUACAGCUGCAUGGCGUUGUACGUUCUUCUAAGUCUCCGUAGGAUGAAGGCCUUCCACAGCCGCUUCGGUCUGGUUGUGACUGCCAUCACCCAGAUGACAUGCUCGAUUCUCGCCAGCUUUACGAUCUGCGGGAUACUCAAGAUCAAUCUCUCCAUGGUACCUCAGAACGCCUAUCCGUUCGUGGUCCUCGUUCUCGGAGUCGAGAAUAUGUUCAGAUUGAUCAAUGCCGUUUUGGCAUAUCCUCCGACGAUGGCUACUGAACUUCGCAUCGCCAAUGCGUUGGGUGAAGUUGGUCCAAUUUCAGUCGCGGCAGCCGCGCAGAAUCUGACGAUACUCGCACUCCUUUCGACUGUCGUGUCCCCCGGCGUGGCAGCGUUUUGCGCAUUUGCGGCCAUCGCCACCUUGUUUGACGUCUUCUUCUUGUUGACUUUUUUCGUCGCGGUCCUGAAUGUCGACAUCAACAGACUUGAACUCCAAGAUGCAUUGGCAGCGAGACAUAAUCAGCCGCGCCAUCGAAAACGCCAAGCUCCUUCACAUCAUACCUGGUUCGAUGCCCUUGUCCAGGGACGACUGCCAUUCAGCACACGCAUGGCCGGCACUGCAGUCACAACAGCCUUCAUUCUAUCGCUAAAUUACCACUUCUUCGAGCAUAAGGAGAAGGCCACCAAUCUCCGCCAUCUACUUGACAUGGUCAGAGGAGGACCUCCGAGCCUUGGAGAUCUGGAGACAUUCGCACCACCACCGAUGAACGCCUCGUUAACUCCUGGCGAAUGGAUGCGGAUGCAAGAUUUCGACACAGCAAAGGAGGUCAUGAGGCUGGCGAAGCCCGGCGCCGACAGCUUUGUCGUUCGAGUAUUCGCGCCCCUGGUCAUUGUUCUUGGGGGCUCCGAUCGCACUGGUGUUGCUCGCUCUGGCGAGGCCUGGGCACACGCAUUACGCAGCUUUGCAAUCCAUCACUUCUACCCAGUCGCAGUGGCGAUUGUUUUCGCUGUGGCUUUUGUGGCAGUCCUCAUGAACUUCUUGCUCUACAACGAGGCCGGCGAUGAGGACAACGACAUGGCCUUUGACCAAGCAGAAGAGCGACUCGUGGUGCACACCGUCAGCCUCCCACACAAACUCGACAUUGUAAAGAUGGCCAGCAGCGACAGUGGCCACUUCGUGACAGUCGCCCUCGAUCGCACAAUCGCCAUAUCCAUGUUCGAUCGAGCAACGCAGACACAUCAUACCGUGGCGAUGCCGACGAAAGUCUUGAACGGCAUAAGCUGGCCUAUCCAUCAUAUUGCCAUCGAUGAUACUGGAGAGUGGGUGGCAUGUCAUUGCGCGAACGACAGCAUACUGGCAUAUAAUUGCUCUACAGGGUCGUUCAUCCCGACUCUGGUCCAAUAUCCUGACGACCAUCCAGCUGUUCUCUUCGCAUUCCUCUCUCUAGCGACAGCUACUGGCUCGAAGCCUUACUUCCUUGUGCUGACUUCUGGAGGUCGACUGGCCAUGAGCUGCCUCGAAGAUGGCAAAUCGAUAGGUGCUGAUUUGUCCAUCACUCCACUAUUGGGAGCCACUAUCGCAGACAGCGCCCAGGGACGACAACUUUUGUUCGUUACCGAACAAGUUCAAGUCAUCUCGCAUUCUUGGACGGGCGACAGCUGGAGCCAGAUCAAUGAGCACAAAUUGGGUCUGGAAACCGCGUUUGGGAGGCUAGCCGGUCCAGUCAGUCUACAGCUAUACUCGGACCUGGAUACUGAACUUGUCGUGGUGAAAACGGCCAACAUGGUGGUCUUCCUCGACAGCUCUUCGCUGGCUCAAGUCGCAGCCCUUGAGCUGGCGCAGACUGGCAGUCAUUUGGAUGCUAUCUUGAUCGGUGCUUCACGAAAGUGUCCUGCUUGCUCGGGUCUCGCCUUACGAAACAUCGCCGCGACUACCUCCAGUAGCGGUAAGGACGACCGCGUCGUCACCACAUGGACCGUCGACAAUGACGAAGGUUGCUUCUGCUUGACACAGAGCUCCUCGGUCUGUUUGGCAUUCGACAGCACGACGAAAGAUACCAUCACCAUCAACCAUCCUGAUGCCUGGAGUGUCGUCAAGUCUCAAGCUAUCUUGGGCAUGCGAGGGCGAAGGCAGCAGCAAGCUUCUGAAAAGACAGACAGCCGGAGGAUGACGACCACGCAACUCCGGCAGAGAAGGCAUGCGCGUCAGAAUGCGCAGUCACAAGAAGACCGCGAGGAGUGGGAGGCCUACAAGAUCUCUAUAGACGGCGACAUGGAGACUGCGGAUAUUCCUUCGGCCUCAGAUUCGCGUCUUGCCGGACAAGAGACGGAUUUGUACGUCAACAACGCCGGACCUGUUGUUCCUUUGGAUCCUCAGGCUGUGGCGGUGGCUUUUGGUAAUAGCGUCAGGAUCAUCCGCAGCUCGAGAAGAGGUUCUAUCAACCGCAUUUCGGCCGGGCCGUCUUUGGAGAGGCAGUCCUCGACUUCAAGGCGUGUCACUUCACGAAGAGCACGAUGA